CUGCAAAUAUGAUUUCUUACAUAAUUAUGUGACCGUGCAAAGGUUAAAAAGUCUGUGCAAAGGUCGUGUUAAAAAUAUAUGAUCAGUGAUAUGACUGACUAUUGAUGUCAUUUCAGACAGGUAAAAACAUUUCACAGAAAGAAAUAUUGCUCCAUUAUUAUACUGAAGGAAAAUUAUGAGAAAGAACUCUACCAACUCAAGCAGGGUUGGCGGUGCAUCAUGGGAAAUAAACCAACAUGGGGACCUGAUCCAAGUACCAAACCACCAUGCAGUGCCUGCACAGUUUUUGAUUAAGGAAAACGAACAAUGAUUAUCAUCAUAACCUCAUGCUAAAGAGACGCGGUUAUAAAGUUUCAGGACUAAACCGCUGAACUUGACGACGCCUAGUAAUCUAUGAUCCGGGAGAAUGUGAUUGUUUUGUCCGGCGCCGCGCUCGUAUGUGUGCCUACUGCUUCACAAAACGCCAUCGGGGAAGUGCAUCACUCCCAGCCUUCGACGGAUGAUGGACCGGAAUUACCCGAAUUCCAGUUUCGCAGACCCGCUGGCUCCACCAGCACAGACCGUAGCCUGGGCCUAUGAGCGGAGCACCGCAAGCAUAAAGCCAAGUGCCAGUUAUGGUGCCACACACCUGGAGUCGGAGCUCCUCCAUCGGCAGACCUACGCCUGCACCCAGCUGCCCACCUACACCACUACCCAUCACCCUACAGGUCUGUCGGUGGGGUUUGACUCAGGCACUAACACUACUGAGACCUCUGUCAUGAACUUCCUGUCGGCCAUGGAGUCUAGAGCCCUGCAGCAGGCUGGUCCUGUCGGGGCCUCUCUGCUCCCCCCCUUUAGGACCACCACGUGGCAGACCGGCGCCAACCCCACCACAGAGCUGUUCCUCACCGGUGCCCUUCCUACCGGCGCCACAUUCCCCUACCCUGCCCCCCUCUCCUCUUAUCAGCACCCUAGUGCCUUCCCCUCGCGGAGCUACGCCACCAGCCCCUCCCUGGCCCUCCAGGACCACGCCUUCAGCACCUCCACCAACGGCCUGCUCUCCUCCCACCUCGACCCCUUGCUGCAGCUUAAACCCAGCCAGGCCACGCUACCUACCUCCCUGGCCUUCGACCGCCUCCCCACCCCCUCCCUGGGCACCGCCCUCCCUCCCCAGUCAUCCACAUAUCGCUCGGCCCAGGAGUCGGCCCCCCACCUCCUGCAGCCCCAGUUUGGGCUACUGCCCUUGGCUACCCAGUCAGCCCCCCAGCCUUACGGGGUGCCCGUCUUCUCGGGCUCCAUCGAGAGAGCACUCCAGCGGGAAUGUAGUGUGAUCAAGCACCACCAGAGGCCUUCUAGCAGCAGCCACACUGUCUCGGAGCAGCUGCCUGGCUUGCAGCAUUCCCUGCAGGGCUACCUCGGCUCAGGCAGCGGGCAGGGGGAUGGCUCCUUCCAGCAGGACCCCUCGAGGCAGACCACAGUGCCCUGCAGCACCUCCAUGGGGACGGACUCCUCCCAGGGGGUCAACGGUGCGCAGCAGCCCAAGACGGGUGUGCAAUCUCAGGCCUACCCCUCCAUCCCCUCCCCCUCUGGGUACUGCUCGUCCUCCACGGGUGCCAAGACUAAAGACUGUUCUUCCAAACUGGCCCCAGAUGGCGGACCCCAGUCACAGGGUGGAUCUCCAGAGAGCUACCCCUCCCCAGGGCAGGGGCCUGGGUUGAAGCAUGGUUCAGUGAUUGCCAGCCAACAGACUCAGCCAUACACAUCGGCCCCGCUGCCCAGUCUGCUGUCCACUCUCAGCCACUCUCAGAGUUACAUCACCUCCCAGGCUUACUCCUCUUCCUCCUCAGACCUCCUCAGGCCUUCUCUCUAUAAGACUCUGCCCUCCUUCUCUGGCCAUUCAGGCAAUGUAGCGUCUGUCAGUCAGUCCCUGGUCUACUGCUCCAGCCCUGGGCAGAGCCAGGAGGAUGUGGGCCAGUACGGAGCCCAGGUUCAGGGCCUGUGUCUGGGCAACCCCUCUCAGAGCUCCCCUGCCAGCCACUCUCAGGGUGCCCCUAACGUGAGCUACCUGUCUCAGGGGCAGGCUUCGGUCACUCAGUCUCAGAGCUACGCCACAGGACAAUCCCUCAGCGCCCCCUACCCCUCCGCCAGCGCCCAGAGGUUACCCACAUCAAUAUCGGGCCAGGGCUACACCCCCUUCUCUUCAGCCCCUCCCCUCGCCUUACAGAACAACUGCAGAUCCUCAGUACAGGACCUAAAGCCAGCCUACUGCAAACUGAAACUGGAAGGAGAGAUCCCCAUCGAGGACCUCCAGGCUCUCCAGCAGGUCUCUUUAGAAACCUCCAGCCUGGGGGGCAGUGACAAUGUGGUCUACGUAGUCUCCAAAAUGGAUGACCGUUACAACACUCAGAGUGUGAUCCGGAGCAACUCGCGAGCUGAAGACCAGCUCAUGGGCCCAAAGACUAGGACCAACGCCCAGCUCAUGUCUUCCCAUGAGGAGCUCAAACAGCACUCACUCCUGCUCAAAGGGCCCGAGCCACGGCAACAAAAUCACCAGGCCAACGCCCAGUCUGCCCUGAACCACACCCAGAACCAGUACAUCAGGGUCCCCAACUCUCAGGUUCUACUGGAGCCUAAUCGGGACCAACAGAUGGUCCUGAUCCAACAGCCUCUCAUCCACUGUGGUCUCAACCCUUCCAAGGUGCAGCUGACCCCGGGGUCAGGCCAGAUCCAGUACCUUCACAUGGAGGGAGAUGAUCUGAUCAGCGUUAGCCUUAAUGGCAGCCAGAGCCAGCCUGGGGCAGUAGGACAGAACACCAUCACGGACUCCUCCAUACUGCACCUCUCUUCGCCAAAAGACCCUUACAGCCAGUCGACCAAUCAGCAGCAGUCGCAGGACGCCAAACACCAUUUCGCCCUGAGCUCCAUCUGCUUCCCAGAGUCCAUGCUGCUGGCGGACGAGAGGAACAUCCUGUCCAACGUGGACGACAUCCUGGCUGCCACGGCAGCCGCCUGCGGUGUCACGCCGCAGGACUUUGUCAAAGCCACGUCCGGCGCUGCUGAGGGCGGCAUGCCCGACCCCAAGGGUCAUUUCCAGACUGGGGACACCAGACACCAGUCACCUAGUUUCUCCUCUUCAUCUUCCCAGACCUCAAUCAUCACCAACACUAACUCCCAUAACACCAUGACCCUGACACUCAAUGGCUCUCCUAUGACCUCAGACGGACACCAGUUUCCUAAAGGGGAGGGGCAUCUGGGGCAACAGUACUCAAUGUCACACUCGCACACCACUGUAGUUGACCCCAGGCACGACAUGGGCGCCGACAAGGGUUUGCUACGGAAGCCCGGAGACGAGCCAAACAACAUUUCACCCAAAGGACAGUCUGUUUACCCUAGCAACAGGGCCGAUGGCAACCCCAACGGAGGCCACUCUGAGAAUGAGUACCACCUGGCUGGCCUGGGGUACGACCCCUCAGGGAACCUCAACAGAGGCAAGGCCAAUAAGCAGAACCCCAAAGGGUCCAAAGUCAUCAAGAGAGAAGACGGCCUUGACGAGUGUCCCUCUGACGGCUUUGUCAACCCCAAAAAGAGGGUGCGCUCCAAGGCUUCGGCCAAGCCACCCGUUCCAGAGGAAGAGAACAUCCAACCAAGGAAAAAGACAGUCCAGGCUAAGAGGCAGAACUCCCGGGGCAGCGACCCCACCAGCUCCCCCUCCACCUCGGAGGCGGCCUACGACAGCUACCAGCAGCAGGAGAGGAUGAGGCAGAAGAUCCGUGAGGUGGAGGAGCAACAGCCAGAGGUCAAAACAGGCUUCAUCGGCUCCUUUCUGGACUUCCUCAAGUCAGGUCCCAAACAGCACUUCUCCUCAUCCCCAGUACGGACCCCCAGUCGCUCCCGCAGGCCCUCAGCUUCGUCCAAGCGGCCACUGUGCGCCAUACCGCCUCUACCUCUGAAAAUACAACCUCCAUCAGCCCCGUUGAUAGGCGAUGAGGGCCUUGGGGUUGCGGGGAGCUCUCAGCAGCAGCGUCUGGAGGAAGAGCUCCAGAAGAACCUGGAGACACUGCCAUCGUUCAGCUCGGACGAGGAUGAGAGCAGCGCUGGAAAGAACCAGGCCCUCCAGAACAGCAUCAGCUCAGCCCUGUCGGCCCUGGACGAGCCCUCAGACAGGACACACAAAGCGGACAACAGACUCUCCAACUCUCCCCUGAAGCCAGACCAGGCUCUCAGCAUGUCUCACUCAGCCUCCAAAGCCCAGGAGCAGCAGACGGCUACACCGAAGGAGUCCUCGACAACCGUCUUGUCAUCAUCGGUGACUGGGUCGUCGGGGCAGGAGGGGGCGAAACCGGCGCCCCCAGACCAGCUGGCCGUCCAGCUGACCAGCGUGGCCAUAGAAGGACUGACGGACGAAGAACUGUCGGACAGCGGGGGAGAGGGCAUGUACCGCGAGAGGGACGAGUUUGUGGUCAAAAACGAGGACACCGGGAGCCUGGAGGUGACAUUGACAGCCGGACAGGAACCCCCAGCCAUCUGGAAGGUCCAGAAAGCUCUGCUGCAGAAGUUUGUCCCUGAGCUGAGGGACAGCAAGAGAGUGUUCUCAGCCACUAACAGUUAUCUGGGCUACUUUGGUGACGCUAAGACCAUGUACAGGAGGGUGUAUGUCAAGUUCCUGGACACGGUCAACAAGAAGGAGUACGUCCGAGUCUGCAACCGCAAACCACGCUGCAAGCCCAUGUCCUCCAUGAGAGGCUCUCAGGCGAAGACACUGCUCGGUCUGAAGACUCCUCCCCGCUCAGUGAACUCUGACCCUCUCGCCACGCCCACAUCACAUAAGUCCCAGUCCAAGCCCCGUACCAAGCAGCCCAAGACCAAGGCAGAGCCCCCGCCCAAGAAGAGGAGGAAGUGGAAGGAGUACUCUCCAUCUCCCUCCGAGUCCUCUCCUGAGGAUGAGGCUGAAGAUGAUGAGUUCACUCCUCCAGUGCCGUUUUCCUCUCGGUUCCUCAACACCAGGACCAUGAAGGAGACGUUUAAGAGCUUUGUAGAGCUGCUGAUCAGCGUCGCCCUGGAUGCAGACGUGAUGAGCGCUCUGGAGAGGGAGAACGAUGAGCUGUUGCUGCCCCACAUGAAGAGAGUAGAUGGGAUGAUCUGGGACAACAGGAGACGCCUGCUGCCCAGACUACGAGUGGGACAACUCUUUAAGACUGCGCUGGACAGCUUCCCAGAGAUCUCUGUGGUAACAGAGCUCAACAAGGAUGGGGAGACUCCAGCCUUUAAGGUGCGGCUCAGUGGGAAGGCCUACAACAGGAAGAACAUGAAGCCUUCCAAGUCCCCCAGCAAACUGCCCCUGGAAUACACAGUGGACCAGCAGAAACCACAGUGGUUCUCCCUCUACCAUUCUCUACAGCAUUACAAGUACCACACAUACCUCAUGUGUCAGGAGGAGAUUGCGUCAUUGCGGGUGCAGGCUGGUGACAUGGGGCAGGAGGAGACGGUGCAGCUGUGCAUGAGGAACGGAGCCUGGGUGGAGGGCCUGUUUGACCGCUUCGGAGAGCUCCUCAACCAGGUGCAGCAGGCCUGCCUAUAACACGGACUAAGAGGGAGGGAGAGAGAGAGCUGGAGGGAGAGAGGCCUGCCUGUAGCACAGACUGAGAGAGAGCUGGAGGGAGAGAGGCCUGCCUAUAGCACAGACUAAGAGAGAGAGAGCUGGAGGGAGAGAGGCCUGCCUAUAGCACAGACUAAGAGGGAGAGGGAGAGGGAGAGAGGCCUGCCUAUAGCACAGACUAAGAGAGAGAGAGAGAGAGAGAGCUGGAGGGAGAGAGGCCUGCCUAUUGCAUAGACUAAGAGGGAGAGAGCGAGCUGGAGGGAGAGAGGCCUGCCUAUAGCACAGACAGAGAGAUGGAGGGAUAGAGAGGCCUGCCUAUAGCAUGUAGGGAGAGAGACAGAGUGAAGGACAGAUAGGGGGAGGUCUGCCUAAAACAGAGACUGAGAGAUGGGAAGGGGUCUAUAGUGAAGAGAGAGAGCGAGGGGUGACAGAGAUGUCUUCCUACAGCCCAGAGAGAUGGAAUAAGAGGCCUGCCUAUAGCCUGGCCAGACAAGAGGCAGGGGAGCUAUAAUCAGCUGACAGAGAGCAUCAACCUCCUGCCCUCCUGUUUAAUCUACUAACUGGAUGACCAGAGGUGUCUGGAGAUCAGCGCUGUCACCAUGAUGAGAAGAGGAGGGUCCAGCAUUUCAGCACUACCUGAUUGGUUAGACUCUUCUGAAACCACAGAGUACGAGGACAAUCUGGGUUUUGUAGUAAAAAAUAUAUGUAACUAGCAAACUGCUAGUGGACCUUUUCAUAGACCUAUUUUUCUUAUGUAGUUUUGUAUUCGUUUUGCAAAUCAUGAAAGAUCGCAACCAAUGAGCAUGCACUAGAUAGGCAGAGAUUAGCAUAGGAAAUAGAGGACAGCCAAUCAGAAAGCAGACCCUUGACUACCUACAGCAAACGUUUGGGUUCGAUUCAAUCGAUUGCGCUGAAGAUCAGCGAUGUGGCGUAAUUUUAAAGGUAAAUACUGAUUGAGCCGACAUGCAGAGUUUACAGUGAAGUUUCCACGAACACGGGAACAUCGCUUUUACAUUUCUAUCGUGCUGAGAUCUUCAGCACUACAGAUUGAAUCAAGUCCUUAGUCCGAUAUUUGAUGAGUAAAUGAAGGGGCAGGGGUUAUUAUAUAAAUAUAUAUUCAUAGAUCUAUAUGUAAAACAUGUUUUCUCACAAUGGAUCGCCAAAUUUCUAUACAUAUAAUGUACAUUUUGUAAAAAGAGCAGUUUUGUCACAUUGAUUCUUUCCAGGAAGAAUUUUAUAUAAUAUAGAUACUUAACCUUUUGUGCUUCAAAAAGUCAUUUUCUCAUGACGAGUUGUGGAUCUGAACAGAGUUGGUGCAAUUCUAACACAGCUUUUUGUCUUUUAUUCUAAUGAAAUGCUAUUACCUAACUGCUGUAUCUGAGGUCGAAUGAGAAGAAAACAGAAAAACAGCCUUUAUACUCGUGUUUUUCUUUACAAAUGUACAUUUUAUCUCACUUAUAGAUGUAUUUUUCACAGAAGAACAUUGUGGUCAUAAUUGUUUCUUGUUCAUUACACCUUGCAAUGCACUUUUCAUUGUUUUUCAGAGAAGAUUCCCUAUGCGUUUAUUUCGAUUACAUAUUGUAUACUUAUAUAUAUAUAUCUUAAAGGUCUAAUGCAGCUGUUUUGUCUCCAUAUCAAAUCAUUUCUGGGUAACAGUUAAGUACCUUACUGUGAUUAUUUUCAAUUAAAAUUGUCAAAAUUAUACCAAUGGCUUCUUAGCACAGAGCAAUUUAUCAAUCGAGAAUGUUCCUAGGACUGACUGGGAGUGGUCUGAGUGGGGAAGGGAAAACGAUCUGUUAUUGGUGGAGAGGUUUGGAACUUUGUGUAACCUAGGUUCAAUAAGAAUGAGUCUUAUUGGUCGAACUCAUUUGAGCAGGUCAAAACUCCAUCCCACCAAAAACAGUUGGAAAUAUCAGGCAGUCUUUUCAAACAGCUCUCACACUAAAAGGGCAUUGUCAUCAUUUUCACAAUUUCACAGUAUUAUUUCAACCUCUGUGGAAAUGUAAAACAGAAAAAUCACAUUCUUGACUGCACUGUGCUUUUAAGAUCAUUUUUCUUUAAGGGUUUGCCUCCAUUUUGAACAGAUUUAUGCAGACCGCAUUUGAAUAGUUUUUCUUUUCAAGUGUAGCUGCCGAUUAUUUUUCUGAUGUGAAAAUACAUUUCCUACUAAACAUAGACAUUGAAAUGGUUGAAUGAAUCUGUACGUGUCUGUUUACUUCAAGGUACUGCCAUGUCAUUGAGAUGUCUGUUUACUUCAAGGUACUGCCAUGUCAUUGAGAUGUCUGUUUACUUCAAGGUACUGCCAUGUCAUUGAGAUGUCUGUUUACUUCAAGGUACUGCCAUGUCAUUGAGAUGUCUGUGCAUGUUUAAAACACAGGAUUCAAUCCAUGA